ACGAAAUGUUCGCUUAAAGAGGGACACAGGAGCGGUCUGGGGACUGUAAUCCAUCACUGCACCGCACAUCUAAGCUCCCUCUUGUGCGUCUUCCAUUAUUUUCCGCAGUGUGAGCUGUCUUCCUUUGUCCUCUUCCGCCUGCUCAAAGUUUUUGAAGUUUUGUAAUUAAAAUAUUCGUCCCUGAAGCUGAGAAAUAGGGUUUCAGCAGUCCUUGACUGGGAGCCACCAUCCUGCUGGUUGACCCUGGCCGGCCAAAUGUUAAGUGGAGCAGUUGAAGUAAUAGAGCAGAUACAGGGAAAAUGCUUCUGGAAUGCUCACAGAACGCCCAGCAACUCAUUUCGAAGGCAGUAAAUAAGAUCUUCCUUGAUCCAAUUAUGAAAAGAUGUUUAGAAAAGGAAAAAAGCGACACAGUAGCAGCAGCUCACAAAGCAGUGAAAUCAGCACCAAAAGCAAGUCUGUAGAUUCCAGUCUCGGGGGACUUUCCAGGUCUAGUACUGUGGCCAGUCUAGAUACAGACUCCACAAAAAGUUCAGGACAAAGCAAUAGUAAUUCUGAUACGUGUGCAGAAUUCAGAGUUAAAUAUGUUGGUGCCAUUGAAAAAUUGAAAUAUAAUGAGAGCAAAAGUCUUGAGGGGCCAUUGGACUUGAUAAAUUACAUAGAUGUUGCACAGCAAGAUGGAAAGUUACCUUUUGUUCCAGGUGAAGAGGAGUUUAUUAUGGGAGUUUCCAAAUACGGCAUUAAAGUUUCAACAUCUGAUCAGUAUGACGUGUUACACAGGCAUGCUCUCUAUUUAAUUGUACGGAUGGUCUGCUAUGAUGAUGGUCUGGGAGCAGGAAAAAGUUUACUGGCUUUGAAGACAACAGAUGCAGCCUCUGAAGAAUGCAGCCUCUGGGUAUAUCAGUGCAAUAGUCUGGAACAAGCACAAGCCAUUUGCAAAGUGUUAUCUACAGCCUUCGAUUCAGUUUUAAUGUCAGAGAAGUCCUGAUUUUCUUGGGCAGCACGUGAGUGUGUAAUACAAGAGGCCUUUGUGAUACCACAGACUGGCUGCAGCCACACAAUCCUAAGACAGACUUGCUGUGCAAAGAGCCACACAACCUUGCACAUGGUACUCUGUCAUUCCUCAAACAUGACUUGAAGAAAUUACUCCAUCUUCAGGUUCCAGGACAAGAAUUUUAUAUUUAACAUGAUUUUUUUUUUCCUAAACUGUGUUUUGUAUAUUAGUCAAUAUUGUAGAAAUGUAAAAUAAAACUGACACUUACUUCUAUCUCCUUGUCUGAGAAACAAUUUAUUAAUACAGGCUUGGGUUCUGCUUAACCAAGAUAUCAGAACAAAAGAAAAGCAAAGUGUAAAAGGGAGUCAUCUGGUGCUUUACACCUUUAAUCAUAGGUGAGUCAUCUACACAGUUUCUAUGUUCAGCUAAAGUCCACAAGAUGUACUUUUUUUUCCUCAUGUGCUAGUUAUUAGUAAUUAUCAUUUUUACACAUUAAAAAGAACAGUAUUGCCUAAGCAAUGCAAAGGAACAGAAGAGAAGCAGACAAAGAUUUUAAAAGUAGUUUUAUUUUUCCAGACAUUUGACUGGUUGACAAGAGUAAAAUUUAUUAAUCAUGCUCUAAUUAUAAAUCACUGCAUCCAGGACAUUGAAAAUAAGAGUUGAUUUUAGGUUAUACAAUAUAUACAGUUGCUCUGCAACUAAACAAAAUAAAAACAACAGAAUUGAAUAUUAUACAUCUCAUAGCAUUCUAAGCUGCAUUUUAAGUGUCACUUGCUCCUUUUUAAACAGUUAACACAGUAACCUAAUAGUCUGUCUAUUAACAGGUUUUUGAGUCAUUAUUUUAAUCAGAUUUGAAAAGUUGUAUGAAAUAUGCCAAAAUUUUGGACUUAAAAUUCUUGAUUUUAUAUUAUAAAUAGAUAUCUACAGGCUCUAGAAUUUCUUUUUUUCUCUGCCAGAGGAGAAAACUUUGAGAAACAUGUGAAAUCAAGGGAUAAAUUUUGCUUAGCUGCUCUUUAUUGGUCCUCAGGAUUUUAUCUGUCUGCACUGGUAGUGCUAUUAAGUUGUAGUCUAAAAGUUUCCUAGUUUCUAAGUGACCAGUUGUGGCAUUUUUGUGUAUUCCUCUUCUAGCAGAACUCAAGGAAAAUUUGCAUAAUUUUUCAACUUUACGAAUUGUUACAUACACUAUAAGAUUCUGUGUUAAAAAUACUGUACAUUAGGAGAUCUGUGCAAAAUAAUAUGCCCAUUUACUCUCUAGACUCUAUCAGGGAUAGAAACAUACAAAAUAGUGUUGCAAACUGAACAUAUCAGUAAGUGAAUAAAACCGUAGUGCUAAACUAUUACUCUAUCAUUUUACUGGGAACUUUGAAAAUACGGACUAAUUUGCUUUGACUUGCAAUAAAAAUAUCUUGAAACAUU